AUGUCGGUCGCUGCCCCGUCAAAGUCGCAGAUAUUGAAUCUGUACCGCAAAUACUUGAGGACAUCGCAGUCUUUCUCUUCCUAUAACUUCCGCACUUACUUUCUGAGGCGUUCACGCGACAUGUUCCGUGCGACGCUGUUGCCCACCUCGCAAGCAGCCCAAUCAUCCCCUUUUUCUAAGCAGGGUUCGACCACCGUCAAAGUGUCGCCUUCCACGCUUCUGUCCCCCGAGAGGCUCAAACAGCCUGCUGGUUCUGACGAGUCCAUCUCGGCAACCUCAUUGACUGACCAAGAAAAGCUCUCCAAGUUUUACCAGACGGCAUUGGAGGACCUCAAGGUGCUCCAGAGAUCGGCACUAAUGAACCGAAUUUACGAAGGGGAGAAGCUAGUUGUUGAAAAGCCAAGACUCAUCAUCGGUGGCGGCGGUGCGGGCCAGGAGGCUUCGGUCGGCGGAGGCGGACAGCCUACUUCCGGUCCACAGAGCUCUGGCGGCGCGCCUCCCAGCUCGUAG